UGCAAAGGGUGUGCCGUACAGUGAGGACUACGGGGACUGACUGCAGCUCUACGGCACUGCAAUCUCUGGCAGGAGAUGCAAGAGGAGUGACCGUGUGCUGUGGGCUGAACGGACUCCCGCACAGCCUCCAUUAGCAGGAUGGUGAGUGCGCUGCACUGAGGCGCGUCCUGAGGCUGCUCUUCUGUAAAUCAUCAUGAGGAACCUGCAGCAGACGGCCGGGUUAGUGAGGUCAGGCCCUGCGCUCAUUCAGACGACGCUUGACUAGUGGGUGAAUGUCGCGAAAUGCCAUCUGAUCACCGGGUCUGGUCGGUCUACAGCGCUGUGCUUCGCUCGCUGGAUGAAGGAGCCCAGAGCGCGAGGAGACGAGAGAAGCCGCGCGUGCAGUAGGGGGUGCUGGAUAACAUACACCGUCUCGAGCUCAGCCUGCGCUUUAUUCUGCUUUGUACUGCGUAGCUGCACAGUCCAUGCGAGCUGUCCACUGCGAUUGUGCUGCGGCCUGAGAGAGCAGAAGCCGGCGCACAAACACAAUGGCGGGGCCGGAGGAGCAGCAGCAGCAGCAGCAGCGGGUGGAAGAGGAGAGAGCGGAGAACAUCGAGGAUGCGGAGCUGGCCUUUCAGGGCAUCAACAUGCUGCUCAACAACGGCUUCAAGGAAAGCGACGAGCUCUUCAGGAGAUACAGGACCCAGAGUCCACUGAUGAGCUUCGGAGCCAGUUUCGUGUCCUUCCUGAAUGCCAUGAUGACAUUUGAGGAGGAGAAGAUGCAGAUGGCCUGCGAUGACCUGCGAACCACAGAGAAGCUGUGUGAGAGUGAUAAUACUGGCGUCAUUGAGACCAUCCGUAACAAGAUCAAGAAGAGUAUGGACUCGCAGAGGUCAGGGAUGGCGGUAGUGGACCGGCUCCAAAGGCAGAUCAUUGUGGCUGACUGCCAGGUCUACCUCGCUGUACUCUCUUUCGUCAAACAGGAACUCUCAGCUUAUAUCAAAGGAGGCUGGAUCCUCCGCAAGGCUUGGAAGAUGUAUAACAAAUGCUACAGUGACAUUAGCCAGCUUCAGGAAUCGUGUCGCCGGCGGUCCUCCAGCCAGCAGGGGGAGCUGGCCUCCGAUCAGGCCAACCACAACACAGCUGUGGCAGAGGGCAGCGGAGGGGUAACAGAGGAGGCCCUGGGGCGUCUGAAGGGUUCGGUCAGUUUCGGCUAUGGCCUUUUCCACCUCUGUAUUUCUAUGGUGCCUCCACACCUGCUGAAGAUAGUCAACCUGCUGGGUUUCCCUGGAGACCGUCACCAAGGGCUGGCGUCUCUGGCUUACGCCAGUGAGAGUAAAGACAUGAAAGCACCUCUGGCUACGCUGGCCCUCCUGUGGUACCACACGGUAGUGCAGCCCUUCUUUGCUCUGGAUGGCUCUGAUUCCAGGGCGGGACUGAUGGAGGCCAAGGCCAUCCUGCAGAAGAAAGCAGUGAUCUACCCAAACUCCUCUCUCUUCAUCUUCUUCAGAGGACGGGUGCAGAGGUUAGAGUGCCAGAUCAACAGUGCACUGACAUCUUUCCACGAUGCGCUGGAGUUCGCCUCAGACCAAAGAGAGAUUCAACACGUGUGUCUCUAUGAGAUUGGUUGGUGCAGUAUGAUCGAGAUGAACUUUGAAGAUGCUUAUAAGGCCUUUGAAAGACUGAAGAAUGAAUCCAGAUGGUCGCAGUGCUACUAUGCCUACCUAACUGGAGUAUGUCAAGGUGCGUCUGGUGAUUUAGAGGGGGCGAAAGCAAUUUUCAAAGAUGUACAUAAGCUCUUCAAACGCAAGAACAAUCAGAUCGAGCAGUUUGCAUUCAAGAGGGCAGAGCGAUUGAGGAAGAUGUCUGCCACGCAGGAGCUUUGCAUUCUGGGAGUUGUUGAGGUCUUGUAUCUGUGGAAGGCUCUUCCAAACUGCUCAUCCUCCAAACUCCAACUCAUGAGCCAAGUGCUGCAGGGUCUGGAUGACCCAUCCUGCCAGGGCUUAAAACACCUGCUUCUUGGUGCUAUUCAGAAAUGUCUUGGAAACAUUAAGGAUGCCAUCCAGUCUUACCAGAUGGCAGCCAGGGAUGAACUGGGGCGACAGACCAACUCUUAUGUACAGCCGUAUUCCUACUAUGAGCUGGGCUGCGUGUUACUGGCAAAACCUGAGACUCUGAGUAAAGGGAGAUCAUUGCUGCUUCAGGCAAAGGAGAACUAUGCAGGCUAUGAUUUUGAGAACAGACUGCAUGUGCGAAUCCACUCAGCCCUCGCCUCCCUGAAGGACGUGGUCCCCCAGUAACCCUGCCUGACCCAGGACAUGCAUCGCAAAGUGACCACUCCUGUCCAGCACCUUUUCAAAUGCAAGCCAUUGGAAACAACAAUGUAUUUUUCUGUUCUUUUCCUAUUUGGACAAACAAAAAGGAAGAAACCUUAGUUUUGAAGAGAUGUAUAGGCCACAUCUCCAACAUUGAAACCCUGUAGUGUUUCCUUUCUUCAUCGCUCAUGUUCAGAGUGACUCACAUAAAAGUAGUUGUUCAGUUAGUAUUUGUCAUUACGUGGUAGUCUGUGCCUAAAAAAGUAGAAAACAUUGCUUAAGUUUAGCAAAAGAGUUCAGUUUUUUUUUUUUAUAAAUUAAUUAACUCAUAACAUCCAUAAAGGUUUCAAUUAUCGUAAUGGCUUUAAUUCCCACAUUCAGACCACAGACUGUUGUAAAGGGUCAGAACCCAGCAAAAAAGGUUCCCGAGUUAGGUUGCACUGUCCUAUUAGAGACCAUGUAUUUAUAAGAAUUAAGCAUGAGGAACACUAAGUAUUUCCACACAGGGUAAAGAAUAUGA